UGACAUAAUUUCUCAUUUGACAUUGUUGACUGUGCCAUCUUUCAACGCUAGUGUGUUGUGCGAAUGUGACACGAUUGUCUUAAUUUUUAAUAAAUUGUGAGAGUACAAAAGCGUUCAUCAAAAAUGUUUCGCUAUUUCCUUACCUUUCUGUUAGUAAAUACGUGCUACCAGAGUUUGGGGAUUCCUUUACAACCGACAAGACAGAGGCAAGUAAUAUCGAAUUCACUCAAUAUACUUGCAAGUCAAUGCGAAAACCAUUUAUUGGCCGAUAUACUCAAAAGCAAAUUAGAAUAUUGCACAAUAAACGUACCGCCUUAUAGUAAAAGACAGUUUCAAUGUUUGAUACUGUACGACAUGAGUACGCAAUUGUGCACAGCUGUAGCUUCGGCUAAACUAGCAAUCACCAAGGAAUCACUACUUAAAAUAGACGAGAAACAGGAUGUAAACGCAGUUUGCACACAGGCUAAAGAGUGGGUAUUUACUAAUAUUACGGAAUACGUGAAUUACACAGAAUCCGCAGAAAAGUUCUUCAAACUGCCAGCCACUUGUGGUGAGGUCUGUGGCGUCGAGGAGGCCAUGACUGAGGCUAAUUACUACUGCAAAUUCUUCAAGUGGGGUUUGGAGAUGUUGAAGAGCCAAGUUGUGUCUACAAUGGCUAAUAAUGCCAACAACAAUGCAGCUGCAGCGCCUGCAAUCACAGAACCUGACUUCAACGCUAAGGCUGAUAUACCCGUCCCUAUCAACAGUAACCCGAUUAACACUCCAGAAACAAAAACAAAAACUUAUAGUGGCCAGAUUAAGCAAACAGAGACUGUUGCCGCUAAGACUACGCCACAGAAGAACACUGCUGAUGAGGAAGUAGCGAAGUCUGAGACUGCAGCCCAAGCAACAUCUAAGCAAACUCUAAAUGAGGAUGACAAUGCUGACAAGGUUGAAGAAGAUUCCGAUGUCAAUGUUAACCCAGCUGAUGAACCUGUACCAGCCGUGCCAGAAAAUGUUAUUCCUAGCGGCGAUGCUGCCAACAAGUCCAAGGUAGUUAAUGAAGAAAAGCCUGCUGGUGUUGAGGAUACUCUGUUGCCAGAAGCGGGUAAAGAUUUGUCUGCUCCUGUUGAUCAGAAGUUGGUGCCUGUGCUUGAUAACCCAAAACCAAAACCUGGCGUGGAUGCUGAGGAUUAUGGAGACUCAGAUGGUAAUGACAAUGUGGGUGAUGAUGAUGGUGAAGACCCUGGAUUGGAGAUCAAGCCGCAACAGGAAGAAGUAAACCAGAAUAACUUUGUCAGAAACAAAUCUGUUCUUCCCUCCUCUCAUGAAAGCGAUGCAUCACAAAAAGAAUACUUCCCCAACUCGAUGCCCGAUGGCUUCUCAGAUGAAGACAACGAUCAUUUCUUCCCGUUCUUCAUGACGUCAGUCGUUCUAAUGGUGUUGUUAUACGUUCUGUACCACAACAAGAGCAAAGUUAGCAAAGUGUUCUUCGGCUUAAUACUGGAAGGACGUCAAAGCGGUCGCCGCCGCAACAGCCGAGGCCACGCCUACCGACGCCUCGACACUUUGGAACAAGCCAUGAGCGCCAACACCGCCGCUCCGCCCAGCAAGAUCAUAUACUAAAACGCUGCUUAACAUUUAGGUAAAACAAUCAUUCAGUACAUUCGCUUAGGGAGACAUCUGACUGCUGUCAAGCGAUCUGCAGCUGGGUUUUACGUCUGAUAGCCAGUGAUAAAAACUACGUACUUAUGAGAUAGACUUGUAAAUUGACUAACAUAGUUAUAAUGUCGGAAAUUAUAUUGUCAAUAGCCCAUGCUGGUGGCGCCCUCUACAAUAAACCAGGAAAACUAGACAGUUCGCUUGCAGCCUUUCAGUGGAGGUGAGAUUGUGAUAGGCAUUAUGCUUUUCUCCCAGAGACAUGAUGAUAAAGUGAACUAUUUUCAAAAUAUUUUUUUAUUUAGCACAGGUCUCGCUCAUCAAUCCUAAGUCAUAUAACAUUAUACCUACAUACAAUAAUAUCAUGUACAGUGGUGUAGCUUCAUAUUUCAUGCACCAUAUUUAAUUUAUGUCACACUUUUCAAAUAAUCUAGUCUUUGUAUUGCCCUGGUGAUAAAUACAAGUGCUAUUUUCCAUAUUCUUCUUGUUUCUUUUUUUUAUUUAGUGCCUUAUUUUAUGUAAUGUAUGGCCAGUACUAUACUACCCAUCUCCAAUAUUAAGGGAGUAGGAAGGUGCAAUGCUGGGCUCGAUUUGUGCCAGUGUCUUUAUUCUGAACAAAUCCUUGAAUAGAUCAGCUUUAUUAUUACGCAGUGAACAUGAAUAGUUUCUAAUCACUGAACUAAGAAUAGACACGGGCUGUUAGCACGAUUUUAGUCUCCUUUAUUAAUUUCCCUAAACAAUUUCGCCUUUUUUAUUUAUGUUCCCAUAAAUUAAAUAAGGCCGUUCAGUUGAUCGACUUACCUCUUUUUUUUUAGUUAUAUUUAAGUAUUUUUAUUACACGGAGUAACUACACCACUUACAUUCCAAUUCGAGCAUUAUAGUCCUUGCAUUAAAAUGAGGAACAAAAUAAGCUGAACAUUUCGUUUUUGUUUUAAAAAACCACAAACGCGACCUAUAAAUACGUAAAUGGAUUUGGUAAUUCCAUGUCAUUCCGAUCGUAUGCAUAUAGAAUAGCUUCGAGUUGUGGUAGAGAUAAAGUAUAAAUCCUUUGUACCUCAAAUUAAUUUGCUAACUUAAAGUGCACCAAGUGCCUGUCUUAUAUAAAGCCGUUAUUUAUAUCUUCUAUGCAGCUUCGUAAAGUAACAAGUACAAUGCUAGGUUAAUAGAAAACAAUAAUAUUAACAUACAAAUAAUAACAAAUUCUCAUGAAUAUGAUAAUGUAAUACAUUUAUGAUUUUAUGUAAACUGUGAUUAAGGUUAUAUUUUUAUUUGUUUAGGUUAUUUUCCGUAUAGAUAAUUUAUGAUGGUAAAUGAAUAUAUUUUCCCUGUUUUCUUCUGAACUUAAUUUUUAUCUAGUUCCUAACAUAAUGUAAUAAAUAUGGACUAUGGACGUUUAUUCAAACAUUGCUUUUAGUAGGUAUGUUAAGUGUUCGACUGUUGGUAGUAGAUCUCAAUAUGUUUAUUAAAAUAUUGAGGCUGGUAUGAUUUGUACACCUAUACCAUCGGUGGGGUAUUUAAGUUGGGUCUGUAGGCCGCAUUAUGUAUUGGCAUUUGAGAAAGUAUUACUUUCUACAGUUAUGAAAGUAGCGCCGUCCCUUUUUCCGCACUGUAAGCAAAUAUUAUAUAACAUGAAGUUUAGGCGUGAGGAUCUAAAAUAUUUCUAUUAAAUGGAAACAAGAGAAAAGGAUUGGGCACUGCACUGUUGAAAGAAACAUAAUCGUCCAAUGCUAUAUUGGGUCCAUGAACACUGCACUAUCUUCAUCAGUUUUUAGUGCAAUAUAUAAAUAGUCAUUUUAAUACUGCAACCGUUUGCAACUGGUCAUGUACUACAUUCACAGAAGUAAAGUAUCUUAUAUUUAUUACUAUUCUCCAUUCAAAUGUAAGUUUUGUAUAUUUUUGGUCUCACACUUGAAACUUUCAACGGUCUUUGUAAUGCGUGUAUGUAAUGCAUCAUGCAUGACUGUUUUUUUUAGUAUUUGUGUACGUAAUUGGGUAGAUGAUACCACUUCAGGACACUUUCAAAAACUCACUGAUUUUAUAAAAACUCAAUAAGUUUUGGAAUAAGAUUUAAAGUUGCUUCUUCAAAAUUAAAUUAAGUCUCUUUCACCAUAAAUAGCGAGAAAUUGUAUUUUCACACCUUGUUGACUUCUCCAUUGCUUUGUAUAUGUACAUUUUAGAAAAAGAAAUUUAAAGCCACAACCACACUUGUUAUUCGGAAAAAUAAUCUUUCUAUGUAAAUUAUGUAAAUAAAUGUCGUAUAAUUAUUGUGCUGAUAAUCACCUUGUAAUUUGUGAAAGCGUAGAAACCUCACUGACAUUUCCAUUUCAAUUUUGGUUCCGGUUGUGAAUAGUAGCAAUAUAGAAAUUAAGUAUUAUCUUUAUAAUAUUAUGAGUAUUAAAGCAGUUUAAACGUUCAUUUGUAGCUACAUAUCUAUUGAAGCAACGGGAUUCCCUUUUGAUUUUAUUAUGUAAUUAAUGUCCUUACAAAUCGUGUCCUCUAAGGACUAGUUUAAGAUUAGAUUUAAUUUAUUUCACUUUGUAUUUAUAAUAAAGUUCGUAAAACACCAA